CCACUACAUUUUUACGUUUCGAGGAAAGCACAACUCCAAAGAAAAAUAUAAAAAAUUUGUUUUGUAUAAUUUGAAAUUUUUGUAAAUCAAUUUGUUUUGUACGGCAGAUGUUAGUAGAUUAGUAAAAUUUUGAGUUUGUGUAAUGGAUAUUAUAAAGAAGACAAAUGCCAUUAGUAAUGAGAAAACAGCACUCGAAACGAAGGACGUAGAAUUACCGCCUCUGAAGCCACCAAAUUGGGACGCAGUGCAGCAGGAGAUCAAUGUGAAGGUGGCGGAGGCCAUGAAGGGCUUCUACAGCGUUCACUCCAAAGCGCUUCACAAGAUGGAGCGGCUGAUACACCAGAAACUGGUGCCCGAACUAACGGGUACUUCGAGCAGCGACCUCAAGGAGAUUGCGGAACUAUUGCGACGCCUGGUUGACCGUGUGGAGAGCGUGGAGCCCGUCAUUAAAAUCAAGCUGGAAGAAGACACCUUGCCGCAGCAACUGGACAAGACGCAACUGCUGCGUCAACUGAAGAAUGGCUUAUCGGUGGUGUCGCGCAGCUUGGAAGAUUCCGGAGCAUCUGGUAGCCUGGAAGCGGCGGCGGCGGCGGCGGCCACUGUGACUACCAUUGUCAUCUACCGCAAUCCUCGCUGCAACGGCAAGUCCAUCAGCGAGAGGAACUUGCUGGUGGCUCGGGCACACAAGUCGCGACCCAAGUCGGAGCCCAGCAGUAGUGCGAAGAGCUCGGAUAGCUACGUGGUCAGAGAACGGAAGCUGACCCAGUGCCAAGUCAAUCUAAUGCUGCUGAAGAAGUCGCUGUUCUCCAUUCACCUCAAUCGCUGCAAGCGCUACUGGCCACCCGUCCAUCAUUCGCGCAGGCAUGCGAAGACCUCAGUCCAUCUGCUAGUGGACACGACUCCUUUUGACGGCUGACCCACUGGAUGGUAGACACAUUUCCUACAAACAGUAGAGCGAUUCUUUCCAGUCGUUUGGAGCUGCAUCACUAGAGUAGAUGGGAAAUAAAUGAAUUGGCUUGCCUGCAGAA